AUGACUUCCGACACUUCUGAAAUCGAUAAAGCCGUAGAGGUGGUAUCAAUCAAUGACAAAGUUCCAGUCCCUAAUGAGUCGAUUGUUCCUCAUGAAAGGCAAAUUGUAGAUGGCAUUAUUGCAAUCUGGAAAGAGGAUCCAUCGACUGAAUCUCUUGGAAUUUCAAAGCUUCACAUGGUAUUAAAGAAGAAACAUUCCAAUUGGAGUGUGUCCGAGAAGCGAGUGAAGACCCUACUUAAAAGUUAUGGCUUACUUCCCGUUUCAGAUGUGGAACAGUAUACUUAUGCCAAAGAAAUCACCUCACUUGAAACACCAAGUGUCAUUUUGCCAAGUAAGGUUAAUCUUGUUAUGACUCAGAAACGAGGAAAGGGAUUGUAUGCCAAGGUGAACAUUAAAGCAGGAGAAUUGUUGUGGGAAGAGCUUCCUCUUUUUUUGAUUCCUCCUCUUGCACAUACUGAACUUAUUGGGUCUGGCAAGGCUUGUACUUACUGCGGAAAGUUGGCGAACGAUUCAUCUCGCACAAAAUCUGGCAUUUCGGUAUUGAGGGGCUUGGACUGCAACUUUUGCCAGGAGACCUGGUGCUCACUGGAUUGCAAGAGACAGAAUCAGUUGCUCCAUUCGUCAUUAAAGCACCCAUUACAUGGUAGUCUGUCUCUAACUAGGGCCAUCGAUCCCACUGCUUUUGCCCAAUUGACUGAAUAUUGCAUCAAGGAACAAUGGAGUGGAUUGUAUGCUAUAGUGAUUAUCUAUGCAAACUGCUUGCUAGACAAGUCUGGAGUAUUACAUCUUCAGUUCAGUGCAAUGGCGAGAGUGUCACAAAGCGUCAGAUACAAAGCGCUUAACUCGGCUGCGGGUGCAUUCGAUGCAAUGCAAGGUGGUGCCUUAUUUGUUGAGGAGCAACAAGAACAACUCUGGAGAAAGGGCUACGAGCUUUUUUGUGAGGUAUUUCCAAGAGCCAAAUCAGAAGGAAGUAUUCUGUAUGAAGAGUUUAUGUUCAUGUUGGGGACUUACAAUAUCAAUAAUCUUGACUCCAGUGUCUAUUUGUUACAGUCUCACUUGAACCACAACUGUCUGCCCAACACGAAUGUUGUUACUUCUUCGAAGCGAUAUGAAGGUUUGAAAGUCUUUGCAAAAAGAGAUUUGAAAUCAGGAGAAGAGCUCACUACAUCAUACGUUAACCCAUCUCACACGGUGCAGCAACGAUUAAGGGAGCUUAGAGUGAAUUGGGGCUUCUUAUGUAAAUGUGGGAAGUGUAAAGACGACUUGAAUGCUCAGCAAAGACGGAAGUCGAGCGCGACAAAAUCUUUGAAUGACCAAAAGGAGAUCAGAACCUUUCUCAAAAAUGCUUCAAAAGAAAUUGGUAGUGAAGAAUUGGAUUUGGAAUGUCCAAUAGAUUUCAACGGUGAGAGACGAAAGUCGGUGAGAUUUGAUGAAAAGGUUGUGAAAGUUGCUUAA